AUGUCGCAGAGUGCCCCAAGACGACAUCCUCCCAGUGGAAAUGUCGAGGUUAGCAGCAUGUCGGCAAAGUUUGUUGACACCGAGUGGGAGGCCAGGGAGUCCCAACGCCAGCGCGAACUGGAAGAAGCUCGCGCAAGAGCUGCGCAGAUGGAAAAGACGAUGAAAUGGUGGUCCGACUGUACGGCAAACUGGCGCGAAAAAUGGAGUAAGGUACGCACCGAGCGGAACAAAGCCCGUGAUGAGGCGAAACAACUGCGCAGCAAUCUAGAGGCGGCCAUCAAAGAAUCGAACUCGUACAAGCGGGAAAAAUGCGAACUGGAAAUGCAAAUCACACAACUCAAGAAGGAGAUGGAAAAAGUGCAUACGCUCAUGAUGAAGCAUGCCGGCCGUUUCAACAAAGCAUCUCUGGAUGCAGCAGACGAACCCGAUCGCGAUGGGCGAGGCGAUAACAAUUGCUCACCGGACAUAUCUUCCGACGGGUUGAAAAACGUCAACAGUGAGGAUGGUUUGGUGACGAAGCUACCAAACCUACCGGAUGAUGGUUCCGGUGCCGGGCUUCUGGCCGCCAAUGCGAACGCUGAUCUCGACAUCGAAGAGUACAUCCUGCAGGGUGGCGCCAUGCCGAAACAUUCCGUAGAGUUUAAGGACAAGAGUGAACAGAUGGCCGAAGAGCGUCGCCUCAUACAGCAACUCUCUAAGGACGAUUACGACGAGGACUAUCUGUUGCAGAAAAUUACCAUGCUGCAACUCCGCCUGGACGAUGCACAGAAAACGAUUCAGAUCGAGCGGGAGGAGAAAAACACCGUGCACCGUAGUCUGGAAAAGGCACGCCAGGAUAUGCAGGAACUGCGCGACAAGUGUGAAGAGUUGCGGGCGGCCAAACAGGAUGCGGUACGUGAGCUAUUGACGCUGCAGGAGCAGCACCGUGUGGAGAUGCGAAUCACGCACAACUCGCUACAGGAAGAGAUCGCGGCCAGGGAAACGCUCGAGCGACGAUUGUGCGAGUUGCGCACGGAGUUGGAACGACUGCAGGCAGAAAAUGCGGCCGAAUGGGGCAAACGGGAACGGCUCGAAACGGAAAAGCUCAACAUGGAGCGGGAAACCAAAAAGCUGCGCGCCGAAUGUCAAGACUUGCAGGAGCGCCUCGAACGAAAGGGACGCCCGCUUGUUAACAGUGACGUUGAGCUUCGCUCGCUGCAGCAGGAAUUGCUCGAUAAGAAUAAGGAGCUCAGUGACAUUCGUCAUUCGCACAGUAAGAUGAAAAAGAUGCUCUCUGAGGCCAACACCGAGCUGGGACACGCUGUUCGACGAGCGGAACAGUACGAAACGGAGGUGAAACGGCUGCGUUCACGUGUGGAAGAGCUAAAGCAUGAGUUGGCCUCGGCCGAGGACGAGCUUGAUGCGGCCUGCAAUCACGUGCGCCGGUUGCAGCGCACAAACGAAGAGCUAAGCGGCCAGACUGAAGGUUUGCAGGUGCAGAUACAGCAUCUACAAACGAGUGGUAGUCCCAAGCAGCAGCAACAUCACGAUGCCAGCAACUAUAAAGCAACAAACCGAUCAAAUUACACUGCUAAUGUGAGCUACAAACCAAAUAUAAACGAUCUGAAGCAAUUGUUUGACAAUUCUGCUUCACGUCCGUUUACCGAUCGUAGCGAUCGCGUAGAUCGUAGUGCUGGUGGUGGGCCAUCCAAAAUGUCCGGUUUGCCAGUGCGUGAGCAACCAGCUUCACUGACGUCCAGCGUCAAUCCACAACCUCCAUCAUACAUACCGCUCUCGUCCGGGUCGUACUACGAUGCCAAACCAAGCUACAUCGAUCAUGAUGCUCCGUCACCACCAUCGCUCAACAAUAACAAGUACGAAUUCGAACGUGCCAAGCAAAAGUUUGAUAACAUCACGCGUGCUGCAGCGGCCGCUAGCAGUGCCGGUGGACACAAAUCACGAGGAUCCGGCGGUAAUGGUGUACCAUCGAAACAGCACAACUCUGCCGGAGGUUCGGCUAUACCGAAGCGAAACACAUCCGGCUCUUCGUCAGGUGCAGCGGGGUCUUCAUACUACGAACCGAACGUAUUCCCCGGAAAUGGAGGGCCAGGAGAGAUGCGAAAUGGGCGCGGAGCACAACAUGCAUCCGGGUGCGAUGAUAUGCCACCGACAAAGAAUCAGAGUCACAUUAACGAAACCAUACAGCUGUUCGAUGUCAGCCCGGGAGCGUAUGAUCAAUCGCCGGGAGCAAAUACGGGCCUGCCGAGAGGUGUCGGACAACCGAUCAAACCGAUUAACAUUGGCAAGAUGAACGAUGUCAAUCUGGAUGGGUUAAAGGUAUCGGAGGAUGAUGAAGUGAGUAGCAAUCCACCCGUCCGUUAG